AUGCUCGCGACCGAGGGCACUUCGCAGACAUACAAGGCCAAGCGUGAACCGCUGGUCACCCCCACGAUGGUCUUGAUUGGGAUCAUGCCAAUUUUCACGUUCGCGCUUGGGACGUGGCAGGUGCAACGUCUGAAGUGGAAGGUCGCGCUCAUUGACGAGCUCGAGGAGAAACUGGAGCGCGAGCCCAUGCCUCUACCUCCCCAAAUAAAUCUCGCAGCACUUCCCGACUUUUCCUUCCGCAAGGUAGUGCUGAAAGGCCACUGGGAUAACGCCCAUGCCAUCCUUCUGGGCCCUCGAGUACGAGACGGCACCAUCGGUUACCACCUCGUAGUGCCAUUCGUUCGCACCGAUGGCUCUACUGUGCUCGUCGACCGCGGCUUCGUUAGCAAGGACCUUGCGCAGACUGCGAAGCAAAACCAGAGCACCGUACAAGGAGAGGUAGAAAUACUUGGCAUGCUGCGCACCGCGCAGCCGCGGAACUCGUUCACGCCAGAUAACCUCCCCGACGAAGGCAAAUGGUAUUGGGCGGAUGUGGACGCUAUGGCUGCGCAUGCGGGCGGUGAAGCGUCAGGGGUGCAGCCUGUCUUCAUCGAGGAGGUCUUCGAGGGCCAUGCUGGGGACGCAUCUUCACGAAUAUCGCAUGGUUAUCCUGUGGGCAGAUCACCUACGGUGGAUGUCAGGAACUCGCAUGUCUCGUACAUCGUCACCUGGUAUUCGCUCUCGGCAUUUACAACUGUCAUGUUCAUACGUUUACUUUUGAAACGUCGUCAAGCUCUGGCGCGUCUUCCUCGGUAG